UUCAGUUUCUUGUUUAUCACAGUAGCUGUAUAGUGAGGGAGGAGCCGUGAACACUUCAGAGAGAAAGUGAAAGUAAAAGUGUCCCUGUUCAAUCCUCAACAAACUCUCAUCGACAGAAUUUAUUCUCACACUUCAGACGAUUGUAAAAACACCAAAUGUUGAGCUGAGCUGUGUUUUGGAGUGAUGAAGUUCACUUGUGUGAUUCUGCUGGUUUUUGCUGGACUGACAGAUUCAAGAGCAGAUGAGUAUGAGGUGAUCGGGCCUUCAGCUCCUGUGAUGACUGUAUCUGGUGAAGAUGUGAUUCUGCCGUGUUCUAUCAAACCCAACAUCAGUGCUGUGAACAUGAGAGUCGAGUGGAUCAGACUUGAUCUGAAAGGCUCAAUAGUUCAUCUGUAUGAAGAUCAUAAAGACAUAAACACAGAUCAGCUUCAGUCGUACAGAGGAAGAACUCAAGUGUUUACAGAAGAACUAGAGAAAGGAAACACAUCACUCAAACUCUCAAGAGUCCAAAUCUCUGAUGAAGGACUUUACAAGUGUUUCAUUCAGUCUCAAUCCUGGUAUGAUGACGUCACUGUUGAUGUCUCUGUUGAAGCUGUAGGCAGUGUUCCAGUGAUCACUGUAGGUGGGUUUGAUGGUUCUGGUGGUCUUCAUCUACAGUGUGAAUCUAAAGGCUGGAACCCUGAACCUGAUCUUGUGUGGCUGAACAGUGAAGGAGUCACUUUAACAUCUGAAUCUCCAGACACACACAGAGAUGACACAGAUGGAUUCAGUGUGAAACACAUGAUCACUGUAUAUAACACUGACACUAAAUAUCACUGCAGAGUCAGAAUGAGACAUCACAUGAUGGAGGCUGAGAUCAUCAUAUCCACUCAAAUGUUUCUCUCUUGGAGAUCUUCAGUGAUUCUGAUCUCCGUUGCUGUUGUUCUCAGUGUGAUCGCUGGAAUACUGAUCACUGUGUUUGUCUGUAAACAGAGAGAACUACAGAGAGAGAACCAGAGAAUACAGAGAGAGAAACAGAGAAUACAGAAUGAAGACGAGAGAAUACAGAGAGAGAACCAGAGAAUACAGAGAGAGAACCAGAGAAUACAGAAUGAAGACGAGAGAAUACAGAGAGAGAACCAGAGAGAGAACCAGAGAAUACAGAAUGAAGACGAGAGAAUACAGAGAGAGAACCAGAGAGAGAACCAGAGAAUACAGAGAGAGAAACAGAGAGAGAACCAGAGAAUACAGAAUGAAGACGAGAGAAUACAGAGAGAGAACCAGAGAAUACAGAAUGGUAAUUUUAUCUCUUGGAUUUUUAAGUGAUUGAUAAAUUGUUGUUUGGUCAACUGAGUAUUUAAUGAUUAAAAAUAUGAAAUAUUAAAUCUUAUUUAAAUGUUUGUCCAUGUUUCUUUUGUAUUUUCUGUUUUCCCUAUUUGGUAACACUUUAUAAUAACUUUCAUUAGUAAGUCAUUAGUAAGUCAUUAACAAACAACAUUCAUUAAAAUGUUUACAAAUGUUCUCACCCUUUCGGUAACUCACAUAUGGAAAUAACUUUCAUUAGUAAAUCAUUAACAAACAUUAUUUAAUGCUUAACUGAUCAUUAGUAACUAUAUAUUCACAUAGCUAGACAUAGGGGGUAACGUUCUUGUUCAUGUUUACUAAUGGUUUAAUUGAACAUUAUUUAAUGAAUAGCAGAUCAUUAGUUAAUGCAUAUUUGUUAUUACAUUUUCAAUUCAUGUAAUGCAAUUUAAAGAUCUACCAAUGACGGUAAUGUAUGGUAUCCAACAAUUAACAGCUUGUUUGUAUGUGUGUAUGAGUUUGUUAAUGUAUGUAUGAAUGCUUACAAAUAUCAGUAAACUUUCAUUAAUGUAUUAACUAAGGCACAUAUUUACAUUUACAAAGGUUGUUAAAAUAUUACUGGUGAUUGCAGUUACUUCACGUAUUAUUCAUGUUAACAAAUUAUUCAUAAACUCACAACCCAGCUGUUUAGGUUACACCUUUGAUCUUUGUUUAUUGUGGUGUGUAAACAUACUUUUACUAUUUAGACAAAUCAUUUAUUAAUUAUUAGUUAAUGUUUUGGCAGUACCCAAUCUAAAGUUGAAACUAGUCAUCGUUUGUAAAUGUUUAUAAAUGCUUACGAUUGAUCUAUAAAACUUAUACGCUUGCUGUACAGACAUUUACAAAACAUAAUAACAGAAAUAAAAGCUUAUGGGAAAACCUGUGUUUAUUGUGUCAACACAUAGUACAGUAUUGUGUACUAAAUCCUGAAGCAGAUGGCAUGGCACAUUAAGAAGAGAAAACAAAAAAUAUAUUAUAAUGUAAAUUAAAAUGAAA